GCUGUCUGUCCAAGCGGAGCUCUGGUGACGGUGACUCCACUGCCCGUGGCUCAGGCGUGUCUGUGCCUUUAAGAGGCUGAGCCUGGAGGCAGCUGUUCAAGGACUUGCCGUUUCCUGCUCUCCUUGCGCUGCUUCUCAGGCGAUUGUGUGGGCACCGGUUGGCUGGGGCUGGGCACAGCCGCACCUACCUCACCCAUGUCUGCACUGGGCAGAAGCAGCAUGAGGCGCUCCGAGAGCCUGGGCGAGAUCGACGCGGGCCUGUACUCACGGCAGCUCUAUGUGCUGGGCCAUGAAGCCAUGCGGAGGCUGGCAAAAACUGCUGUGCUGGUGUCGGGGAUGAAGGGCCUGGGUGUGGAGAUUGCCAAGAACAUCAUCCUGGCUGGGGUCAAAUCCGUCACUGUGCACGACCCAGGCAACACCCAAUGGAGUGACCUCUCCUCACAGUUCUUUCUGUCUGAGAGCGAUGUGGGCCGGAACCGAGCCGUGGCCUCCCAGCAGCGCCUGGCAGAGCUCAACAGCUAUGUGCCUGUGACAGCCUACACCAGGGAGCUGUCCGAGAGCUUUCUGGCAGCCUUCCAGGUUGUGGUUCUGAGCAACUCGCCACUGGAGGAACAGCUCCGCAUCAGCGACAUCUGCCAUGCCCGCAGCAUCCGCUUCGUCCUGGCUGACACCAAAGGGCUGGCCGGGCAGUUGUUCUGUGACUUUGGGGAGAACUUUGUGGUCGACGAACCCUCGGAGGCUGACCCUGUCUGCGCCUACGUCCAGCACAUCUCGCAGGGCACGCCUGGGGUGGUGACCUGCAGGGACGGGCAGGGCCAUGGCCAUGGCUUUGCAGAUGGCGACUUUGUGACAUUCUCGGACGUGGAGGGCAUGAGCCAGCUGAAUGGCUGCAAGCCCCGUGCCAUCCAUGUUCUGGGUGAGUUCACACUGGAGAUUGGGGACACCGGCUCCUUUGCCCCAUACCAGCGUGGUGGAGUCAUCACCCAGGUGAAGGUGCCACAGCUGCACUCCUAUGAGCCCCUGAGAGCCUCCCUGGCCAAGCCAAAGAUCAAAGCCAUGGACGACCGAGGGCACAGCUUGCACCUGGCCUUCCGGGCACUGCACACCUUCACUGCCGAGAUGGGACGGCUGCCCCGGCCCAGAGUCCAGGCGGAUGCGGAGAGGCUGCUGGAGCUGGCACAAGGCCUGACCACGCACCAGGAGCUACUGGAUGAGGGGCUGGUACGGACGUUUGCCCAUGUGAGCGCAGGGGACCUGAGCCCCAUGGCCGCCCUCCUUGGAGGCCUGGCUGCCCAGGAGGUGCUGAAGGCUGCCUCGGGGAAGUUCCUGCCGCUGGCGCAAUGGCUUUACUUUGACGCGCUGGAGUGCCUGCCCGAGCAGGGCACCACGCUGCUGACGGAGGAGUCCUGUGCCCCGCGUGGCAGCCGCUACGAUGGGCAGAUCGCUGUGUUCGGGGCUGACUUCCAGGAGAGGCUGGGCCGGCAGAAGUACUUCGUGGUGGGAGCCGGAGCUAUUGGCUGUGAGCUGCUGAAGAACUUUGCAAUGAUUGGGCUGGCGGCUGGCGAGGGCGGGAGCGUCACCGUGACGGACAUGGACACCAUCGAGCGCUCCAACCUCAGCCGGCAGCUGCUCUUCCGCCUUCGGGAUGUGGGUGUGAGUGGGAAGCUGAAGUCAGAGACGGCAGCAGCGGCUGUACGGCGCAUGAACCCCACGACCAGGGUGACUGCCCAGCCACACCAUGUGGGGCCCGACACGGAGACGCUCUACGGAGACGACUUCUUCAUGGCCCUGGACGGUGUGACCAACGCACUGGACAGCAUGCAGGCCCGGGCCUAUGUGGACAGCCUCUGCAUCCGCUACCUCAAGCCCCUGCUGGACUCAGGCACCGAGGGCACCAAGGGCCACGUGCAGGUCGUCGUGCCCCAUCUGACGCAGCCGUUUGGAAGCCCCCUGGACCUCACAGAGUCUGCCGUGCCCCUGUGCACCCUGCGCCACUUUCCCAGCACCAUCGAACACACCCUGCAGGGACCCGGCCUUCCUGGAGGUACAGCGGACGACACAGGAUCUGGAGGGGGUGCGAAGCAGCCUGCAGGAGAAGCCGUGCAGCUGGCAGGACUGUGUGCGCUGGGCCCGGCAGCGCUGGGAGAGCCUCUAUCGCCACACAAUCCUGAACCUGCUGCAUGCUUUCCCGCCCGGCCACGUGAGCAACACUGCGGGCACCCCGGGCUCCCAUCCCCCUGGCUCAGUGCCCUGGGCUCUGAUCCCUCCCCCAGCUCAGUGCCCCAGCCUCCCAUCCCUCUGGCUCAGUGCCCCAGGCUCCCAUGUCCCCUGGCUCAGUGCCCCAGGCUCCCAUCCCUGCGACAAAAUGCCCCGGGCUCCCAUCCCCUGGAUCUCCUGUCCCUCUUGUUGAGUACCCCUGGCUAUGGUCCCACGUCUCAGUACUUCAGGCUUCGAUCCUCCUGGAUAAAUAUUCCUGGCUCCGAUCCCCCCAGCUCAGUACCCCAGGCUUCAAUCCCCCCGUCUCAGUGCCCCGGACUCCGAUGCCCCCGGCUCAGUGCCCCCCCGGCACUGCUCCCAUCCCCCCCGGCUCAGUACCUUGAGCUCCCAUCCCCCCAACUCAGUACUUUGGGCUCCAAUCCCCUCAGCUCAAUGCUCCAGGCUCCCCCCGGCUCAGUACCCUGUGCUCCGAUGCCCCCAGCUCAGUACCUGUGGGCUCCGAUGCCCCCAGCUCAGUGUCAGAAGUGUCAGAAGUGUCCACUGUAACGAUGCUGCCUUUGGUGGGACACUUCUGAGAGUAUCAAUUCAGGACAAAUUGCUUAGAGCAGGGCAGUCACAGCCCAAGGCUGGGGUCCCUCCACUUCUAAGGCAAACCAAAUCAGACAAACAGAGAGGGCUUUGGUUUUACCCCGCUGGCUAACCGUAAGUCAUACAAGCAAUUCCCUUAGAAACUCCAGUUUCCUAGUAUCGCCACCAGUGCCACUCAUUAUGGGGAUGAAUGGUUAUGAAAACCAAUACCCCAGUGUGACGAAGUGGGAAUGGUCUUGCUGUGUUAUGUGAAUGCUGAGUGGGGAGUAUUGACCUGGUCUCUCCCCCCUUCGAGACCGAACUGAGCAGGGUCACUUCAGCCAGUGACCUGGGGAAGUUUGAACCUACACUCCCAUGGAUGCCCCAGCAUUCCCCCCCUUCCUGGGGGAGAAUUACACCAAGCCCUUCCAGUUUCACACCCCCCUUUAGGUUGGGUGUGCUCGAGGGCACUCAUAGUCUGCAGGUGGGAAGGCUUAUGUGGCCCGUGCCCUUUUCCCACCCCAAUACUCCUGGGGUUCAAACUGGGAUGGGGUCUUUUCCCUGCGGUCCAGUCUGGAGGGCUGUGAUUCGGGCUCUCUUGGUUAAGAGCCCCCCUUUUGACCUUGGCCACCCUCUGGAAAGGCUCCUCUAUGUUGGGCAAUGGUCCUAAAGCUAUUUUCCCCUUGUCCCGGGCCUUCCUUACCCUCUGGCAGGGGUCACAGGAUCGGCAGUACCAUAGACUUUCCUCCCAUCCACCUCCAGGGGAACAAGGCACUCGCUCCGCAGGGACAGCCCUGCGCUCACCCUGUAAACGGAGAACCUGGUGUCCGGAGCAUCCAGCUCUGUGGAGGAGUUGGCUUGGGGCCCUCCUCCCUCCUGAACAGUUGAUAAGCUGCCAGCCCCCCUUGCCUGGGAAGCCUGCCCCUCAUCAAGCUGGGCCGCUACCCAGUUAACCCUCUGUGGGUCCGGUCUGCUCGGUCUGUACCUGAGACUGGGGCACUGGGUCCGUAUGUGGCCUCUUUGGCCACAGUAAUAGCACUUCAUGUUCCAUUGGUCCCCUCGAGCUGGUCGGUUGGCCCUGAUGCCGGAUAUUCCCCUUGGGAAGGGGUUCUCCACGUUUUCCUUAAGGGAGGUCCCAGGAUCACUCUCUUUCUGCAUCAUGGAGGGCCUGUUCUUUUGGGACUCCUCCCUGCCACCCCCUGACCGACUCUUCACAAACUCAUCGGCCAGCUGCCCUGCACGUUGCGGGUUCUCUGGCUUUUGGUCCCUCAACCACAGCCUCAGGUCGGACGGGCACGGCUCAUACGGUUGCUCCAGUACCAGCAGUUUAACCAGGUCCCUCUUCGUCUGGGCCCCAUCUGCCCACUUACUGGCGUAUCCCUCCAUGCGGGCGGCUAGUUGCAGAUAUGAGACCUCAGGGGUUUUAUCCUGACCCCGGUACAGCUCAGGAGUCAGCCCAAACUCAUGUAGCAAGGCCUUUUUGAAUAGUUCAUAGUCCCCUUUCUCUGCCCUUUCCAGUUGGCGGUACAAUGCCACGGCUUUGGGGUCCAGUAAGGGGGUGAGAACCCAGAGCCUGUCCGCAGCAUCAACCUGGUGCAGCUUGCAGGCCGUCUCAAAGGCAUCCAGGAAGUCAUCCAUGUCCUCCCACUCCUUACGCUGGGCCAGGAUGCAUUUAUCAAAGCUCCAUGCAGUCCUGAGUCCCCUCUCACUCACCGCAGCUGGGGUCUCGCUGCUCCUCAGCCUGGCCAGCUCCAGUUCAUGCUGCCUCUGUCUCUCUUUCUGCUCCAGUUCACGCUGCCUUUGUCUCUCUUCAUGCUGCCUCUGUUUUCACGAUCCUCCAGCUCUCUCAGUUUUAGCUCUUUCUCCCA